UUUUGUUGGGGAGCAGUCGUGUUCAGAAAAUCAGGAUUAGGUAGGUCCAGAGCGGUAGCAUCUGACGUGAUCCCGUGUAAUCAGCCCUUCGAGUUGUCUUCGAGUCGGACAGUUUUUUUUGUCCGUCACACUCAGACAAUGUCGUCGGAAAACCUUGACUCAGACACGCAGGUGGACUACGAGGAUGAAAAACAGGACUCGCAGGAGAAGAAUGCGAACCCGGUGAAGGCAGAGGAGGCCAAGCUGAAAGCUAAGUACCCUGGCCUGGGCCAAAAGCCUGGAGGCUCAGACUUCCUGAUGAAGAGACUACAGAAAGGGCAAAAGUAUUUUGACUCUGGAGACUACAACAUGGCAAAGGCCAAGAUGAAGAACAAGCAGCUUCCUGUGGCAGGACCCGACAAGAACCUGGUGACUGGCGACCACAUCCCCACGCCGCAGGAUCUACCACAGAGGAAGUCGUCCUUGGUGACCAGCAAGCUAGCUGGCUAGCCUUCAUCAACCCAAGAGCGCCCUCGACUCUCCCCUCCUCCCCUGGGUUCCCAGGAAAAUGCCCCUCUUCCAGCUCGCCUGUUAUCCCAAUAUUUCCACUCCUUUUGCUUCCUUUUAUUUUCAUCCCCAGGCACCACUGGCUUUAACAUAUCGGGCAGAGUUCGUAUAAGUUAAAGCUCCCAUUUGCUUCUAUGUAGGCGAGGCGGGGUGGGAGGAAUGGAGGUUUAGGUGGCCACAAGGCUGCAGCCCUCUCUGCCUUUCCACCUCGUACAUCUUUGUCUCCUCUGCGCACUCUGCUCUGCCGCCUCCCUUAUAUCUAGUUUUGUUUGUCCAAAGACGCUUCACAGUGGGUGUGUGUCAGGAGGCAGGGUUGGUUGGGGUGAGUUAUUGCACUUUGUAUUCAAUUCAGUUCAAUUCAAAAAUACUUUAUUGAUCCCAGAGGGAAAUUUGGUAUUGUUGUAACUCCUUUAACUAAGAACUUAUUGUAGAUGCUGAUGGCUGUGGGCAGGAAA